CUUGUCGUGUUGCAGAACUAAUCACGUAUUGAGCAGGUGUAUGUUCCUCAACUAAUUGCUCUCAGUUUCAACCAAUAUGUCUGAGUCUGUGUUGCGGCAAUGCCUCGGUUGACAGUUGCCUACCCCAAAGGUCGAGGCGGUACGGGUCAGGGAGAGACGGAGGAGGUGAAGGAGGAUGGAGAGGGAGAACCUACAGAGAGGAGGCGAGAGCUACAGAGUUCAAACCAAACACCAGCUGUUCCUCAGCCACAGCAAACAUCUUGGUCACAGACUCUGAGGACUCUUCGACCCUGGAAAAGUUGGCACAGUUUCGCUUUACCAGGUGUAAUGUGGUCGGUCUGCCAGGCCCAGGUGGAGGCGCCGCUGCACGCCUCUCUGGUACUGACGGAUGUGUGCUGGAGGCUCCUGCCGGUGUGCUUGCUGUGGGUGGUUCUGGGAGGUUGUGUCCAUGCCCUUAAGUGCUGCCUGCGGCCAGGACAGGAGCAGGGGGAGCCUCCACUGAGGAUCCAGCAGGAGGCUGUGACUGAAAACAGGAGGAACCAGUAUUCAUGGAUGCCCCAGUCGAGGAGCCCGGGCCACUGCGUUUCUCUGGCCCUCACCCUGGCCGACAGCCUGCUGCUGUGUGUGCUCCAGGAGCCCCUCUCGGACCCCAGUGUGCACCACAUAAAGCCACUCGUCUCCAGGCUGGAGUCAGUGUCUCACACACUUGAGAAGGCUGAUGUUGGGUCAGAGGCAACACUGGAGACACACAGAGACUCUGUACUGUUGGACAAAGUGAAGCUCAUCUGCAGCUACCUGCAGCAGAGGAUGGGAUCACUGCAUAGACUCAUCCAGGUGCAGGGGGAUUUUGAAGCCAGUGUGAAGGGCAUGCUGGAGGGCUUGGACGGCCUCUGGGCUCAGCUGGAGGAGCUGCACACUGGGGUCACGCUCACCAAAGAGGGGAGUCAAGGCCACAGAGAUGUGGCCUCGGCCCGGACUGACGCAGAGACAUUGUUUGCGGUCUUGGGUCACCACAGGAAAAGACUCCAGUGCUGCCAGGCUCAUCUGAAGGACAGCACACAACUACUGCAGGAGUUAACCUGGAGUCACACUCAUAUGAGCAACAGUGUGAGCAGCAGCAGUGAGUCCGUCUGGCCAGAGCUGCUGCUUCAGUCCAACAUUGAGCGGUUUGAUAAGGUGCAGGAGCGUUUCCUCUCUCUGGAACAGCAGACCUCUACGUUUCAGGCCCACCUGGAGGGACUCGGAAAGGGGAAUCAGGAAGCACAUGCAGGGCCCCUCGGCCACGCUAACGGGGCCCUUUCAUGCUCAGUCUCACAUCUCCACAACGGACAGAAAAGUGAUGUGUCGCUGGAGCGCCGUAACUCGACCCCUGCAUCCACAUCCGCCUCCUCAGCAGAUGCAGACGCAGAAACAGACGCUCCUCUCUCACUGUGUGAGAGGUCAGCUCUGCAGUUCUCUUCCACUUUCGGACGCCUACGUAAAUCUGGAAGGAGGAAGUGACUUUAAUUGAACUACGCUUGGAUUACGCUCCAGAGAUUUUGUAAAUACGAAGGCGUUAAUUAACGAGGGAGAAUAUUUUCAAAUGUUGAUCAUUUGCUGGUUGCUGUUUUAAUUUUUCAUAUCAAAGACUCUGUGGUAGGUUUGAAAGCAUUUAAGAGCAGCUUUUAAUAUUCCAAACACAAGGGGGCACCAUUCCACCAGUAUUUACAAGCACAUACAGACAUCUCACAGCACCCAUUCAACAUACUGUAUUAUUCUGUCAAAACAUUUAUAUGCCUGCAAUACUGUCUGCAAUGACGGACCAUGGCCCUGACCUUUUCCUUUCAAUAAACUUCAUUGGAGGAAAGGCUUGGACAGGCUUCUCAAACAUAUGGCCCAUAAAUGUGUUUCUUUAACAUCAGAACAGACAGCCUCAACUUGUAUAUGAAGAAUCUCAUAAUGUGCCCAAUGAAUGAGAUUCAGGCAUAUAUGUUGUGUGUUAAAUGUUCUUUAUUUUUUAAAGCAACUUAAUUUAAUUUCCUGCCAGUUAUUUUGAAGCCUUAACCAAUGUCAGUCACAAGUCUUUUAACCAGUGUUGUUAAAGUGAGAAAUGUUUGACCUUUAUAUGUAUGAUUUGAAAAAGCAGUGAUGUUCUAAUGUGCAGGAGGAAUGUGUUACAGGUUGAGAAAUCCCAUCUAUCAGGCUGAGUGGACCGCACUGACUUGAGUCCUUCAAAGCAGGGAUUUUCGUUUGGGGGGAGGAAGGUGGAAGGGGGCAGUGGAGGUCAACACUGGAGGCGUUUUUGUUAUUACUAAAAACUGAGCAGCCCUCUAGACCUUUCUGAAAGACAUGAAUGUCUUUGAUCCAAAUUCAAUUACCCCACAGCUUCAACACUGAUAGCUGAGGCGUCCACAUAGUUUUCUCCACUGCUGGAGCAAACAGGACCUCUGAUGAGAAUUGAUUCAUUCUGUCGUUCAGUGCUAAUAGUCGGCGGUCUGUACAGCAUGCGUGACGUGGAUGUCAUUUGACCAUGGACUUGCCUACCAUCUGCCAGAUCCUGCAUCUGUCUGAUUCCCUCACGCUGGGGCAGCGAUUGGGAGAGGUGGGGCCGACCCCUGGGGGAUCUGGGAUGAAAGGAAUGUAAGCUGAACGCUGCAGGAGCCGAGCUGUCACAACACCAGAGACACAAACACACCAUGUCUGGACGGAUCGAGGGAUGGUAAUACUGCGGGAGGAGAGAUGUUGUGUGUUUGGUUAUUUGACAAGAGCUUUGAAUAAAAAAGAAAUAAGUUAUGACAUGCUGCAUGAAUAUGUAACGUUUUCCACGAAUCAGCCCUGAAUACACUGAACAAAACGGUCUUGGAUGCUUGCUUGCAAAACAUGAUGACCACAUCUGCUUUGAGGUCCA